AGACUUUACUCGAUGAGCUCCAUAUAAAUAUGUGGCGUAUAUUUUAAAGUAAUUAGUAAUUACACUUCAGUCUUCAAAAGAACUUCGAAGGACGCGGACGCCAAGAACGAAGUUAGAAUAAUUAAAGAAAUUAUAUUCAUUUUAAGAUUUAGGGAUGGUUUGGAACAUGAACAUGAACUCCAUAUUUAAUGAGACUCCUAUUCGUCCAUCGUCGAUAUUUUUACCAGGGGAAAAAAUGUCUACCUAUAGUGACGUCAUGGAAGAGUUCCGUUACAAUGGGGUCGACUCACCCUAUGAACCUGAAAACGACACACUUUCAUAUAAAGGCUUAUCAGGCUUGGGGCCAGCUAGAAAGUACCUCACCCAAAGGUCGUGCCCAGAGGCUAAAAAUAUAUACCCGACUGCAGCCAACUACGGGAAUAUUUCUCCCGUAUCUUUUGAUUCGGGGAUUGGACAACCAAAUUCGCCCACUCGUCAGUCGGAGGCUUAUUUUCCAAAUCAAACCUCAUUUGGGACAAAUUUGGCCGCACGUGUAAAGGAAACUUCAUACGGCCAAGUUUCACAAUUACCCCAUGAAACAGCUGCUGGUAUUCUACAGAACUACCUUAAUGACGAGCAGAUUCAGCUGCUCACCACAAUACCCUCGAAGGCUCUCUACUUCUUCAUAAACUAUUAUAGGAAGAUUGCUCCAAAGAAUAAAGUUGUAAAGGAUAAGAUUUGUCGCUUUUGCAAGAACAAUGGCGAGUGUGAGUCGGUGUACCGCAGUCACAGACUGCGUACGGAAGGAAAGCUGUCUUGUCCCGUACUGCGACAUCUCGUGUGCGAGCGCUGUGGCGCAACUGGCGACGACGCGCACACCAUCAAGUACUGCAAAGCUAUUACUCCUGAGGAACGCAGACACUACGAGCUGUUAAUGUACAACAGGCGCUUAACCUCUGUUACUCGCCCCUACGCACGGCCUUUAUCUGGGGAAUUAAACAGUGCUUUUAUUGAGGAUGCUUUAACUAAUCUCCCGCUAGAGGGCUCUUAUCGUAAUGAGCUACCCCCACAGUGGUUGGAAUUGGAAAGGAAACUAUCAAUGCAGUAAUAAAUACCGCACAAUUCUAAAUUCGAAUCAAAACUAUCAAAAUCGUGUAUUUGACAAGUGAUAUUUACAUCUUAUCGUAAGACCACUUUUUAUUAUCGUAGUUUGCGUAGUCUCUAAUAGAUGGCGCUCAGAACAAUUAUGUUCGAAAGUGAUUAUUAAUGUUUGACUUGAAUUAUUUGCAAAUUGACGAAACUCAAAUAUAGUAAUAGCUAUAAUAUGUCAUUGUCUUAUAUUUUCACAUUUGCGUUAUAUGUAUUUACAUCAAUUUGAGAACUAUACACUGCGUUACCUUUAUAUAUUUUCUUUAUAAUAUAAUGCUUUGUGAUGACGCAGUGGCUACAUAUAAAGUUUUCUACAUCAAAUUUUGUAUAAUUUGGCGGGAAAAUUUUGGUAUCCUAAAACAAUGAUAAUAAUACAAUUAGUAUUAAGAUAAGAAUAAGAUAAGAAAAUGUUGAUUCAUUUUCUUAAUUAUUAAAAUAAUAUUGUUUUCUAUUACAUUUGACUUAAAUUUAUUUUGUGUGUUAAUAAAUGAAUA